GUAGCUCACCAACUAGCAGCAGCUAGCUUAGCUUGUCAGACAGAGGAGACAGUACCAGCGAGUACAUAUCUAUUGACACAACGGUAGCUAUUCUCUUUAGUGUAACGUAUACAGGGAAAAAGACGAACGUACAGUCAUUGGAUAUUUGAAAACGCCACGUACUGAUACUUUAUCGAAGUUAACAUGCUGUAGCAGAAUGGAAUUACGAGUACAAGCUUGUUUUGAGUGGUACUGCAUAAGGACGCGGCACUGUUUCAGCCAUCAAAACAAGAAGCCAUAAACUCCAUGCAUCUUGUGAAGUCCCUCCAGAAACUGUAAAUUGCACUCAAACAGAGACUUAAAAGGACAGACAUGUUUGCCAAGUUGAAGAAGAAGAUUGCAGAGGAAGCGGCCACAGCACCUCGGAGUGGUGUUCGUAUACCGCGCACCAUCAGCAAGGAAUCCAUCACCUCGGUGGGGGCAGACUCUGGGGAUGACUUUGCAUCUGAUGGCAGCAGCUCCAGGGACGACUUGCCCUCACAGCUUCUCAGGAGGAAUGAUCAGAUCCGGAAGCUGGAGGCCAAGCUGUCAGACUACGCUGAGCAGCUACGAAUUAUGCAGAAGACCAAGGACAAGCUUGAAAUUGCAUUAGAAAAGCAUCAGGAUUUAUCCAUAAAGAAACUUCAAGACCAGAACGAGUCUCACCAGGCCGGCAGAGCCAAAAUGGCAGAGGGAAUGGCUUUAGCACUGGAAAAGAAGGAUCAGGAAUGGAUGGAGAAGAUGGCUGAUAUGGAAAAGGACAAAGCUGUCCUGUCAGCCCGGAUAGAGGAGAUGAUGGAGCAAAGCUUAGCGCUCUUCCAGAAAAGGGAUGACCUCGAUGAACUGGAGGGCUUUCAGCAGCAGGAGCUCGCUAAAGUUAAACACAUGUUGCUAAAGAAGGAGGAACAGCUGAGCCAGCGGGAUCAGGAGCUCCAGCAAAAGGAGGCUGAAGUUGAGUCAGCAAAGCAAGGGUUGUCUGAGGCUCGAAGGAAACUCCAGACUCUGGAAAAGCAGCGUGAGGAGAGCUGCAGACUCAACUCGGAGUUCGAAAUAGAGCGAGAGGAACUGCUGUUGCUCAGAGAGGAGGCGGACAAGAAGAUCAGUGAGCUGGAGGGAGGAUGCCAGGAGCUGCGGUCAGUCAUCCAGCAGGUCUCUGAAGACUUCCAGAAGUCACAGAGUAUGGUGUCGACUUUAGAAAGGUCCCUCCAAGAAUUACAGACUGAGCAUGAUGCCCUGAAGUUGCAACAACAAAAGGCUGCUGUAACGGAGGAGGACAAGGAGCGCUUGUUAGUGGACCUUCAGAAGAAAGUGACAUCUCUGGAGAGACGGCUGCAUGGGAACCUGAGCCAGGACGAGCAUCUACAGGAGCUUCUCCAGGAGAAGUCCAGCCUGGAGCAAAGUCUGGAAGAGACCAGAGCAGAGCUGCUGCUGGCUCGGACCAACCAUGCUGAUACUGUCAGCUCUCUGGAGACGCAGGUAUCCAGAAUGAGCUGCAGCAUUACUGAGCUGCAGACCCUUCUCCGACACAAAGACGACUCCUCCAGAGCCUACAGAGAGAGAACAGACACACAAAUAGCUAAUUUGGAGCAGAAAGUCCAGGAAAGUAGUGAGAGACUGAAGAGUGCUGAGCAUCAGAUCACAGAGAAACAGCAGCACAUGGCUAAACAGCUAGGAGAGUGGAGUGCAGAGAAGGCCUUUCUGGAUCAGCAGGUCUGUUUGUUACAGCAGCAGAGUGAGGAGAAGACCAGCCGCCUGGAGGAAAGUAUCACCUCUUUACAGACAGACAGACAGAUGUUGCAUGACAGAAUGGCUGAUCUGGACAAGCAGAGGGACGAAGCAAAUGCCACUCUGAGCCAGCGGACAGACGAGCUGGAACAGUGCAGGGCGGAGCUGAACAGUCAGCAGACAGUGAGCACAGAAAUUGCCAAAGCUCUCGAAGAAACCAGACGACAGAAGGAGGAACUGCAGACACAGGUUGGAGAGCUGAGUCCAUCUCUACAGACCUCACAGCAGGAACUGUCCGCUGUCACUGAGAAGCUAGCACUGAGAGAGGAAGACAUCAAAACACUCGAGAAUGAGGUGCAGUGUCGGCAGGCUUCACUGGUCCAGCUACAGCAGGACGUAGAGCAGCAGCGAGCCCAACUAGAGCAGAUGCUGCUGGACAAAGACUCCCAGCUGAUCAGCCUGAGGGAGGAGCUGCUCAGCCAGACACAGCAGCUAGAUAGCUGCCAGGCACGGAUCUCAUACCUGGAGGUUGAGGUGGAAACCUUGACGGAACAGCUUCACAGCCGUGAAGUGUGUGAGGAGGAUCAUAACGGUAGUGUGACGGUGGAUGAUCUGGAUCACAUUCAGAAGGUCAACAGAGAGCUGGAGCAGCAGCUCACCGACAAGAACAGGAGCAUCAAGCAGCUGCAGCAGAGACUGGCAGAGCUGAAGAGGACGCUGCAGAAGGAACUGAAGUUGAAGCCUGAGCCAGAAGCUGAAGGGAAAGAGAAAUUUUCAGAAAACCGAGCAGAAAAACAAGAGAGAGUUUGUCCAGACCCGCUGCCAGCAUCGACGCAGAGCCCCCCGACCUCCAACACCACAGUGACCAACACCUCAGACCUCAACGACUCGCGAGAAAUCAACUUUGAGUAUCUCAAACACGUCGUACUCAAAUUUAUGUCAUCCAGAGAGGCUGAGGCAUUCCAGCUAAUACGAGCUGUUUCUGUGCUCCUGAACUUCACUCGUGAGGAAGAGGACAUGUUGAAACAAACUCUUGAGUACAAGAUGUCCUGGUUUGGAUCCAAGCCUUCUCCAAAGGGUGCCAUCCGGCCUUCAAUCUCAGGCAGUCCGACUCUUUGGAGCUGAUGAGCUGCAGAAAGAGCUAUAGCGAUGGAGAGAAAGGAACCAAAGGACCGCCUCCAGGAGGAAAAAGUCUGUACGCUGUGUCUUCCAUCACUGAGCAGGACUCAGCUUUAAACUUUGAACAGCCUCCCACAGUUCUCUGCUCUGUGGGCACGGACAGGGCUGCACAGUAUGUUCAUAAUCAGUUGUUGAUUUUUUAAAUUACAUUAUUUCCUUGUCAGUGGUUGAAGCAGAUGGACUUUUGACCAUUAUAGAGGGUAAACUAUCACACAUAAUUAAUACUAGAGUUUUAAAUUUCUCAAGUCUCAUUUUUCUUACCUGACAAAUGACGCAGAUCUAAUGUUUUCUAUUCAGUGGAAACCGCAAAAAGUGAGUAAGCAUGUCAGAAAAUGAGACCCAGCAUCCGAAAGAAAUACCAGACUGACUUAACUGUUAUCUUAGGGGCUGCCUUAAUUCUGCCCAGAUUCCACCAAGCUGAUUGGUUUCAGUAUCAGUAUCAGUGAGAGUUUAUUUAAUAGUACCUGCCAAAUGGGCGUUAUUAUGGAACCCACGUAACUUCUAGGCAAGACGCCCUUCAAUAGCAUUCACACACUACUAUUGGCCA